GACGCUCUCUCGAGGAACACACGUACCGAUGCAUUAGCCCUAUUAAUUUAGAGGAUAGCGUUUCUUUUUGAGUAUUGAUUGUUCAAUUGAGAAAAUACUAUAUCAGACCGUUGAUCAUAAUGGAAUGCGUUGAUGCUGACAAGAGAACGCUGAGCUGCUGCUGUAAUCGAUGUUUUGAACGUUUAUAAGAAGUUGGUGGAAGCCGAACUUGACCCCAUGAAGUCUUCUACCUAUACCUCCCAAAAGACUCUGUGGUCUCGCUUGGUUUUGUAUGCAUUUUGAUUAACACACCCUUUUUGAUUCCAUAAAGGUUUAGAAACUGCAGCAGUGAAAUGCUACUGAAGGAAAUACCUCGGGAUACUCUUGUUCGACCUUUGUCAAGAAAUGAAGUGGUUGGAUUACUUGUUAGGCUUACUAUUUUUGGAGCUGCUACCUAUUUUAGUAUAAAAUGGGUGGUAGAUGCUCUAGAUCCCACCCGCAAACAAAAGCUACAGGAAAAGAAAAAGGCAGAAGAGCUCAUGAAGCAGAUUGGGGUGGAGGGUAUAAAGCUAACUGAGUAUGAGAUGAACAUUGCCUCCCAUCUGGUAAAUCCAAGGAGUAUUAAAGUUACAUGGAGAGAUAUUGCUGGACUAGAUGAUGUUAUUACAGAGUUGCAGGAUACUGUAAUUUUGCCAUUUCAGAAAAGACAUUUGUUCAAAGGAUCUAAGCUUUUUCAGCCACCUAAAGGUGUGCUAUUGUAUGGACCCCCAGGAUGUGGAAAGACUCUAAUUGCAAAAGCUACUGCGAAGGCUUCUGGGUGUCAGUUCAUAAAUCUUCAAGCAUCCACUCUUACGGACAAAUGGUAUGGAGAGUCUCAAAAGCUGACCGCUGCUGUCUUCUCCCUUGCAGUUAAGAUACAACCCUGCAUCAUCUUUAUUGAUGAAAUAGAUUCGUUUUUGAGAAAUCGUUCCAGUUUGGAUCAUGAAGCCACUGCUAUGAUGAAAGCACAGUUUAUGAGCCUUUGGGAUGGACUGGAUACAGGAACAGAUUGCCAGGUCAUGGUAAUGGGUGCCUCAAACAGACCUCAAGAUGUGGAUCCAGCUAUUUUGCGGCGAAUGCCAACAACCUUCCAGAUAAAUCUUCCUACUCUUAAACAGAGGCAAGAUAUCCUGAAGCUCAUUUUGACAGGUGAAAAUCUGAGCAAUGCCAUUAAUCUAAAAGAAAUUGCAGAGAAGACAGAUGGGUAUGCAGGCAGCGACCUCAAGGAACUGUGCCGUGAUGCAGCCAUGUACCGUGUCCGUGACUAUGUCCGCAAGCAGCAGAUGAGGCAAAUUGUGCAGCAGCUCAAAAGCAAUGGUGAAAACGAGGAAAGACCAGUGGAUGAGGACUGUCUGAGGCCUAUCACUCAAAUAGAUUUGCUAUUUGCUGUGGAAAAAAUGAAGGAAUCCAAAGCUGCUACCUCCUCAGAAAUAGCUAUGCGUGAAUUUCCUUUGGACUAACAAAACAAAAAAAAAUCCUGUUUUUGAAGACUUUUGUCCCUUUUCAUAACUCUUAAUUCAAGCAAGAUACAUUAUUUAUGAAUUUCUAAUUGAAGCAACUUUGCGAAACUGAAAUUCUCCAAAAACAUCUAUUUUAAUGGAGAAGCACAAUGAUUGAUCAUCAUUCUCUGUGAUUAUUGCUCUGAAGUUCAUGAAAACUUUACAUUUAAACAGCAAAUAUUUAAAUGCACAUGCUUGGAAAUAUAGCUGUGUUCUGUCUAAAGUAGGGUUAGUCCUUCAUGUUUUUGCAUAAAUCACAACCUGGGAAAAAUAGAUCCAGGAUAUUAUAAUACAAACAACUCUAGUUCAGUCCAAUACUGCAUAUUAAUAUUUAACCAUGAAGACUAUUUCAUACUAUAUGUGGAUUAUAAUUACAUUUACAGUCCCAACGGUUUGAAAGAUUCAAAAGACGUUUAAAAAAUUUUGCACAGCUCAAGAUAAAACUGCGGAAUUGACUUGUUUUGUUUUUUUUAUGAAUGCUUUCCAAAGUGUAUAUCUAGCAGUCGACAGAAGCAGAGUAACAGUGUAAAUAGAAGUGAAGCAGGGAAGGAGAGACAAGAUGCAGAUUUGUUUGUUUAUUAGACAAAAUAUAUGGAAUCUGGUGACUGUAUUGCUUAAGAAAACAGGCAAAAGCUGAACCUAGGAAUUCUCUUUCCAAAACCCACACAUUCAUUUGACUAGCUAUUAAGUUGAAAAAAAAAUCAUGCAAGUUAAACUCAAGUAAAGAAAUGAACACGUUUAGCUCCACUCCAAAAAGACUUAGCAUUGCAAGCUGUGGGGUUUCAUACAGACUUAAGAUAGCUUUAUAUAGAUUCAUGUAUUGCAUAUUUGGAGUAGAUUUUAGUUGUUGAAUUACUCUAAAUACAGCUUUAUCAGAGUGUAAAUGGAAGAGAUUCAAAGCAUUUCAGGUAACUAGUUACUCAUGGUUCAUUAAUGGUGUUUAUCAUAAUGUAGUGUUUUCAAGCUGGCUUAAUGUAAAUCAGGGUUAUGGAAAUCCAAAGCCUAUCUCAGCAGCACUGGGCACAGUCCAUUACAAGGGUCAAUCAUGCAGACUCUCAUAGGGACCACGUUUAUGGUUGCCAAUGAAUCUAACAGCUGUGUCUUUGUGGAUGUGUAAGAUAAAUGGGGUACCUGAAGGAAUCUCAAGGAGACAUGGGGAGAAUGUGUAAGAUCCAUGUUGAAUACUACUAGACUGCCCAAAGUUUAAUACUGAAAUGUUGUGUAUGUACAAUACAUGUGUGAAUAUUGCUGUCUCAGUGAGUAGGAUACUUUGUAGGGUUUGCAACUGGCAUCUUGUUAUAUCAUAUAUUGCUUUAGUUUCUCUGUGUCCUUUAUCGGACUGCUGAUUGUUCAUUUUGAAUGAAAGAUGGUGAUGAGUGUUUUCUGUUUUACUCUACUGCUGGAAUGGAAAAUAAUUUAAGGCAAGUUGCUUCUUCUUACUGCUUUUUUGUUGAUUUUCCUGAUCUGGGCAAAGAGUGAGUUGGAACAUCACCACAAGAUAAUACAAGGGGAAUUGAGAAGCAUUUUCACAGUAAAAACACAGUUAGUGCAUUUACAUACACUUCAAUAACCAAAUUAUUCAAAGAAACCUGUUUUCUAAAAUACCAUGAAAAACCCUUAUUGUUAUAAGAGAAACUGGGAUAUUGGCCUCUGAUAAACCUGAUUAACAGAGCUAGAUUUAACCGCGAUUAACCCGAUUAUGUGGAUAAGCGAACCCAUAACCAGGUUAACUAUAAGGGUUUUGUAGUCUGCGCAUGUCUGCUGUGCUCUGUCAGUCUGCACAUGUAUUUACUUCACACACACUUUCAGCAGCCAUGGGUAGACGAGUCCACAAAGUGUAUUUCCAGAGGCAAAUGUUUGGUCUAUCGCAUUAUUCCUUCUCCUGGCUGAAAUAAUCUGUUGAAAAAUUGCUAUAUUUGUGGUGAUGAGCUGAAUGUACAGGGCUACGUUCAGUAACACAAUCUUGAGGGUAACACUUUAAAAGUAAUGUGCAUUAAGUAGUCUGACUACUUUUUAAAGUAACAAGUAACCUAACGCAUAUCUUACUGAAGAAAAAAAAAAACCUGCGUUCUUGUUAUUAUUUCAGCUGCAUUUGGUGUAAGGCAAGAAUCACAGGUAGCGUGUCUUUUGCAGGCCUCAGUUCACAGCCAUGCAGAAAAGAGUGUGCUGUGAGCAAUCUGGACAUAGAAACCUAUAAAUAAAGUGUCAGUUUGACUAAACAUAUUUAUAAAACAUAGGAAAAUGAUCACAGGAAUCAUGCUUAUUUUUGAAUUCACAGUGGUCAAUGACGGCAUUUAACUCCUUUUUGCACAGUUUAAUGACAUCGGAGUGUUUUGCCAAAGGAGAAUUCCAGAUUACUUGAAACAAGGUUUCUGCCUUAAUCGGAUAAUUCACCUUAAUCUGAUUAUGUGUGUGCAUGUAAACAUACUGAAUGAUAUCCUGUUUCUUAAAUAUUGCUGGAAUAGGCUGUGGUCCCCCAACAUUGUAUGCUGUUGUUCACAGGAGGAAUGAAUAUACUGUAUACUGGAAUCUGUAUUUGUGUAAACAUUCAGUGUAAAAACAUAUUCUUUUUAGGUUAUUGCAAAUUUUUAAGUUAUUUAUACUUAGUUUGCCUUUUGUAUUAAAAUAAUUGCAGAGGCUGCAGAGUUUGUUUUGUGCACAGCAAAGAAGAGACUGCCAGAAUGUUUGCACAUACUGUACAUAUGCCUUUUAAAGUGUCUAUCAGAAAUGUCUUUUUAGAACCAAGCUAAUGUGUAACUUGAGGGCCUUCUGUUCUGUUUCACAUAAAUGAAAUGUGAUUUACAGAAGUAUCUCUUGUGCACUGAAGCUGAAGAUGAAGAUUCACCUUCCACAUAUUGGAUAUCUAAAAGACAGUGCCAUAACUACAUUGAUGUGUUUGAAGAAUAAAAGCAUAAAUGUCCUGAAGCAGCCCAGCCAAAGCUCUGACUUGAGAAGGCUUGCACAGGCUAGACAUUUAGAGGCAGCUAGAGCAAAUCUGCCACGAGAAAUAGACAGAAAACCUGCAAAGAAUGCACAACAUUGACAGACAUUUCUUCAGACACACUUAAAGAUUUUAUUGGAGAGAAAACUAUCUCCACCAAAUACUGGUAUUUUAUAUAAGUGCCAUGAAUGUAUCAGCAUGCAGAAGUUACCAGUUUUUUUAUUACAUUUAUGAUAUAUGAUGUUACCUUUAAUAAAUUCAUUUUGACUAGUUA